AAUGUCAGCGAUAGACACGGUCGUUAUACUGCCGAUCAAGUUGGUGAUAAAAAGAAAAAGAUGCUUCCCCAUGGCGUAAAUUCCCAAGCACCAGGUCCCUCUUUUUAGUGCAAGAGACCAUUCUCAAAAAUGAAUGCCAUGAAACGGUUCCUGCUUGGCUCUAGUAGCCAAGCUGCACAGACAGAAACUAGUCAGCAGGCUGGAGCAAAUGCCUAUCCUCCAGUUGCCAAUCAGGCCCCAACAGAAAUUGUUAUGGGCAUUAAACCCUCCCCAUCUCAGCACGCAGCCCUCAGCCUCACCCAUUUACGCAAAUUGUUUUCCGACUUCAACUCUGUAGCAACACAAACAAUGGCAGAGAGCGAAAGAGAAAGCAGAAUGUACAGCAUGCUGCCGCUCUUCUGUCGAGUCUUCUCUCACUGCCCAGCUUCUGAAAUGCUGGAGAAAUUCCCCGAAGUGGGUAGCUUCUGCCAGCAAGUCUCUCGUUUAGCCGUGUCUGAAAUAAGACGACGGGCGUCGAAUCAAUCGACUGUGGCUGCUAGCCAGGCCAUCGCCGGUUUCCUCGAAAUGGAAGAAUUCAGUACGAAUGCUGCCCAAGAAUCGAAUGGAAACGGUUGGAUGUUGUUGACUUGCCUCAACUUACUAUCACUCGGUGGGCCCGGAUUAAUCGAAAUUAUGACGGCUGCGUCUGUACCUUCAACAUUAGUCAAGUGUCUCUACCUAUUUUUUGAUCUUCCCGAUCUGGAAAACUCCGACACUUAUCCUCCAGGCUGUGAAUUCACUCCCAGGGAACGGAGGCAACUUUUACAAAAAUCAUUCGGCCAGAUGCUUAUUCGAUUGUGCAGCGUACCAGCAGCCACCGAAGAGUUGGCCAGGAAAGAUGAUUUGACGCUUCUGUUUUCGGCGCUAAGUUCGUGGUGCCCACAGCACAACCUUCUGUGGAGGAAAAAUGCAAACGAGGUCCUGGUUGUAUUAACUAGGCACGGUUUGACGGCAAUCGUUCUCGGAUAUAUUCACAAUAAAGGCUGUGUUUCACUUUGUGUUGAGAAUAUGCAAAAAGCUUCGGGAGAUUUAUUGCCGUUGGAGGUGGUGGAAAUGUUUGCAACCGUCUUUUGUCUUCUUAAAGAUUCUGCCGAUGUAACACAAACGCUUUUGGAUGAUUUUCGGAGUUGCCAGGGCUAUAACUUUUUAACAGAGUUUAUGCUCAGGGCGGAGCACGACACCGUGGUGGAAUCUCAAGAAGCCUUGAGGAAUUUAGUUUUCUUGGUUUCUUCCCUGAGUACUUGCGGCUUCCACGAAGUCCGUCCGAUGGCCUUUUCAACAGGAUCUCUCUUUCAGUUGCCAAACUUUUCUAUCCCCACUCCUUUGGGCAAAGGGUCAAGUGUGAGGAAUAUCGCAGCGUUCCAGGUAUUGCACAGCGCGUUCAUCAAAUCCACGACGUCAGCCCUUGCGUCUGUUAUUCUGGAUGCAGUUUCGACAAUUUUCCACUCCGAUCCUGCUAAUUAUUUUAUUUUAGAGUCGCAAAACACUUUGAAUCAGUUUGCAGAGAAAAUUCACUUGAAAGGAGUUGAAGUUCAGGAAAAAUACUUUCGGCUUUUGGAAUUUGUAGUUUUCCAGUUGAAUUAUGUCCCGUGCAAGGAACUAAUUUCCCUAUCGCUUUUACUGAGGAACCACGCAGCCAAUUACACGCAGUGCAGUAUUCAGUGCAUGGUUGUCCUUCUCACGAUUCUCAGGCAUCACGCCAUAUUUAAGGACGUCUACCGUGAGGUUGGUUUAUUGGAAGUGCUCGUGACUUGCCUACAGCGAUUCGCUUCUGUCAUGAAACUGAAAUCGGACAACGAUAGCAGCCGUGCGCUGGACGUGAAACACGUGAUGAAAGAACCGGAUCGUGAAAAGGAUUUGGGCUACCUGGUGAUGGAAUGUCUAGGUGUCCUUUUGGUGGGCAACGCCAAUAAUGCGGCCGUUUUUCGUGAAUCGGGUGGCGCUCGUUGCGCCCACAAUCUCAUCCCUUUCAACGACUGUCGCAAAGAGGCUCUCUGUCUGGUGCAGCAACUCGUAUUGAGCACGGGUGGUGACGAUGACAUGGGAACUGUUUUGGGGUUACUGCAAUCAGCUCCUGCAACCGAUCUGGCUCUCAAAAUGGAUAUUUUAAAGUCUCUUUUAACGUGUUUGAGAGAAAGCCACCGGACGAGGACCAUGUUCCGUAAAGUGGGCGCGUUCGUUUACAUCAUGUCGGCGCUCGUGUCGGUGGAAGGUUGCCUCCACCCUAAUCCAGCUGAUGCUGCAUCCAGCUCUAACUGGGAGAACGUGGCUCCGCAAGAAAUAUUGCGGCUACUUCACUUGAUUUUCAAUACGCUGUGCGUGGCAAUGCGAUACGAGCCGGCCAACGCCAAGUUCUUCCAGCAAGAGAUUUGUGGGCCGUCUCUCUGCGACACGAUACGAUUGUUGGGCUGUUUCGAUCAGCACAGAACCUUUGACUCGCCCGAUGAUGUCGCUGAUACUGACCAGCCCGAAACUGCUGCAAGGAAUGCCCAACAUGGUGGUUUGCACCAAGUAUUUAAUCGUGGAGUCCAAGAGUUUGAGGAAGAAGAUGUGAAAAAUGAGAAUCGUUGCCUUGUGAACGCCACUCUGGUGAUGCGACUACUCUACGAUUUGGCUGUGGACUCCUACGACCGAGCGCAAACAUUGCCCGUCUGUUGCGCAGCCGACGGCAAGAACCUGCAACGCAGCAAGAGCAGCGAUGACGCAGUUUCCGGCGUCGUUCUCAGACGUCCGCUAAGUUUCAAUCCCAUCAAUUCAAAUCCUGAUCCGAUUUUGGUUCAUCCUGGCGUCGUUUUGGCCAUGUUCCAGCUUUUGCCCUCCAUUUGGACGGCAGAAGACAUCCCGGCCAGCCGAAAUCUGCAGUUACUAGUGACGGAAAUAAUGCAGUCGUUGACGCACUCUGAGAGGAACGUCCAAAUCCUUUGCGACGCCGGAUUUCCCUUUGAGAUUCUCAAGCACGCUAGCUCGGUGCUCAACAACGAAUCUCGUCAUUUGCACGGCCCUUUACUUACCGUGCUGGAACAACUAGCCCGUCAGGCUCUAGAGCCUAAAGAUUUGCGAUGUUUUUUGAGAAUGGGCAAUCCAUUAAAUUGCCUCCUACCGGAAUUGAGUGGCUCUAAAAUCGAGUCAGAUGCCAACGGAGCACCGCUGCCGCUGUAUUGUCUGAAGUCACUCGUGUCCAUGUCAACACCAAAAGAUGUAGGCCGGUGCGGUGGCCAUCAAGGAGUGGCAUUUUCACCUCCGCCAUUUGUCGAGUUCGACAUGCAACCGGAAGGUUUCGGCUGCCUUUUUCUCCCUUCUGUAGCCCCGCAGUGUCAGCAUGGAGGCGGUGCAUCUGGCUCGGGUAGCGGAGGAGCAGGUGGUGCUGGUCAACCUGUUUCUGGUCAGAGCGGCUCGUCCAGUCAAAUGAUGAUGGGCGGAGUCGGUAGCGGAGGCGACCGAGUUUUCCCCGCACCCACAGGGAUGAGCUAUUCGACUUGGAUUUGCGUCGAUAAAUUUAGCGAUCCGCGUCUCGAUCCGCACGGCAUCCGGCUCUUGACGUUGGUGAGAAAUGUCAUGGAACGCCCUGAUGACAAUCUCGUCUGUUUGAGCGUUGUUCUUUCACCUCGCGACAAGGCGUUGCUCGUCAGCACGCAGGAAACUCCUCUACCUAAAGGAUCUAGCGAUUGGGAACCAGAAGUGUCGGGUGACUUUGGUGCCCGAAUUUGGAAUCCAGAUCUCAUCCAAGAAGGUCACUGGCAUCAUUUGGCCUUGGUCUGGAGCAGAGCCGUUUUGAAAAAUUCACAAUUUUCUCUUUACAUCGACGGCCAGCUUGUUCACACGGGCAAGAUGCAUUACAUAUCGCAAAAUCCGGGCGGUGGAGCAGCCAAUUUGACAGUGGCCUCUUCGGUUUUCGGUUACAUCGGCACUGCGCCAUCCUGGAGACGCCAAUCGAGACUCGUUUGGCGUCAAGGACCGUGCCACUUGGUUGAGGACGCUUUCAACCCUCAAGUGGUUCAAUGGAUCUACAGGAUCGGCCCGCAUUAUGUCGGCAGUCUUCAAGCACCUCAAUUGCCCGGCUCGGCAGAAGCCUUGUGCUCGUUGGUCAACGAAGAAAGGAUCGUCUUUGGCUUAAAUGCUUCCGCCAUGAGUCCAUUGACACUCGCCAAAAUUCGUAAAGUCUACCGCAAAACAGACUCGCGCUCCGUGGCCAAACAGCUGGGCAUGUCCUCCCAUGAAAACGCUACCCCCAUCCGACUCUUGCACAAUGCAGCUGGACACCUUUCCGGUCCUGCCAGGACAUUGGGAGGAGUCGUCAUCGGCUAUCUAGGCGUUAGGGUCUUUUGUCCACGACCCAUUUGCACGACCGUGCAAGCCGUUGGAGGCUGCAAUGUAUUGCUGGGCCUAGUGGCCAUGGCGACUGACGUUGAGAGUCUUUACGCGGCUGUCAAAGCCUUGGUGUACGUCGUCAAGUGCAACGGCCAAGCCCAGCACGAGAUGGAACGCAUCCGCGGCUACCAAACGCUGGCCUACCUUCUGAAACGUCACAAGGCCUGGCUCAAUAAUCACAUACUGCAGCUGAUUCUAGUCCUGGUCGGUUUCGAACAGCAAAACAACAAAGGCGGAUGCGAACCCAAUAACAGCUUGGCUUUCAGAGAUCUGUUGGCCGAUCUUGAUGUUUGGAGGGAGACGGCUGAUGAUUUGUUAAAAGUCUUGUUCGACCUGUUCUACCGGAUGGCGGCUGAAAGCGGAUCGGAUGGUCGAAGUAAUACGCGUUAUUUACGCGACUUGAACCUGGUUGGCCGUCUAGUGGAGAUUCUCCACCAUGAAAAUAAUCACUCGACGGGGGUGACUGUGUUACUUAGUGCCAGCGCCAGAGAAACCCUUUGGAAUCUUCUCGGUUGGCUUUUGCACAACAGUCCUCGCCCGAUCGAUCUUUUACUCUAUGGUCAGUAUUUGGCUACGACCCUGCCAGUCUGCAUUAGCGAUGACAAGAAUGUGACCGGUGACGAAGGCAAAUUGGACGACAGUUCGCCGACUGCAUUGGUGGCCAGCCGGAAUGAAGGUCUUACCCUCCUCUUUAAGUUGCUCCUAGUGCACGACAAAGGCGUCAUCAACCAGACAUUUGCCGAAGAAUUUCUACGAGUUUUAGGUUUCGAAUGGUUGUUGCUGUUCCUGCAGCCCCAAGUCAAAUCAUCCACCGUCAUCUUGUCUGCCAAUUGCCUUUUGCUUUUACUAUCCAAUCCUCAGUUCCUUGUUAGAUUCCGUGAGGGAGUCAGCACGGGAGCUGCUUGGACGCGUUCAAGAGAUCUCAUCACAUCUCAAGGAUUUAGUGGCAGCGCAGCUGCUGGCCCACUACGAUUAGUUGGCAGAACAUUUAGCGUAGCAUCAGACGAAGUUGCCACGUCACCCAACAGCAGUUUGCAAAAUCAACAAUUACCAGGGUUCCAGUUGUUGGGCUGGAUGCUAGUCAACCACACCGCUCUUCCCGAAAUCUACUAUCUCAUCAUUGGAUUGAUGAUUGGCAAACCCCAACUGAGGACUUCCAGCCAACUUGAUCUGGAAACCAUUUGGAGCUGUCUGUUUGGAGUGAGUCAAGCUCAACCGAUUGCUUCUCUGGGUGGUCGCGGAGUGACAAUGUACUGCCCUGAAGCCAUAACAAUUCUGUUGACGAUGAUGCGGGCCAUAAUGAACCCUGAAGACAACAGUACUGACGAAGCAUCCAACAAUUACCCCAACGUUUUGCUCCAGUUUCUCUUCUACGUCUACAACAACGCACCCGAUUACAUGUCCGUUUUCAUGACACCGGAUCUGUUGAGCGCCAUGGUGGCCAGUCUCUUCCCGAUUGGCUUGCAUCAGCAGCACAGUUUGAAUUCCGAGCCCAACACUCCCAUCGAGGAGUACAAUCGCCAGUUUGUGAUGGUGGAGAGCACAGUCGAUGCCGGCAAAGAUCCGCUGACUUUCCAUCGUGCCAAAAAGACGCUGAUGGAUUUCUUGAGGACGAUCGUCAUCGACUCUCUCUCGCUGGCCGUCACCAACGGUGGGACGAGUACCACCGGCGGUAGCAACAUGAACCUUCGACCGAUGCCCAUCAUCGACGUCAUUAUGGACGCCUGUCCCGACUCUGCCAGCUACAACCAGCACUGCCAGUUCCAGACGGAAUUGCUCUCUAUCGUCAUGGACUACCUGUCAUCGGCUGGCGUCAUUUUGGGCGAACAAGGCGUCCUGCCGAUCGUCACGCAAAACGGAGGCAGUCUACAAAAUGUGCCGACCAACGUCUUUAAUCUGGCCGGUCGAUUGGUCGACAAACUCUGGCUGGGCGUCCUCAGCAGAGAUGCUCAUCACGUUUUCGAUUUUAUUGUCCAGCUCAUAACGCAAGCCAAGAAACGCAGCACCAGCACCGGAAGCCACACCAAUUCGAGCAGCAAUUCUUCUGGUCUUGCUUCGCUGUCGUUGGACAAUAUUUACCGCUGUCUCAAUCGCUGCAUCCUCUACCUCUUGUCUCGACCUGCCGACACAAUCAGCGAGCAAAUGUCGUUGCUAGAGGCUCUUCACAAAUUGACUAAUCACAGGAGUUUGAUUUUCGGAUCGGGUAAUCACGACUUGGAAUUCAUUGGCUGCCUCUGCUACUGUCUACUGCAACUGACGUUAACCUUAAAAAUCUCGACGGAGCCGAGUAGAACGACGUGGCACGUCAGCGGAGAGGAAACAGAUCCCAGCAGCAGUCUGAGAGAAGCCCAGCAUUUAGCGGCAGUGGCGGCACAGCGUGUCUGGGAAGAAUUGUACGUCAGCAAGAAGCCCGCUGUGGAAGAGGCUUUCAAAAUCAGUUUGGGGGCCAACACGCAACACCGGGCUCCCAGUUUGGAGCUGGUCAGAGAGCCGGCCUUGAAGUUGUGGCUGCAGUACGUUGAAGCCGAACGUCGUUCGGCCUACCGGACGGUGCUGGAAGUGUCGACGCCCAAUCAGAUCCAAUCCAAGAUCCAGAAAGUGACGGGCGGAUUGACCCGACUCACCAGCCGCUCGUUGACGAUGAAGAGUAGCAAGAAAGAAGACGCGGCCAACGCCAUGAGCCGUCACAGCCAUUCCAGCAGCAACUCGUCCUGUUGUUGGGCAGACGUUUGGCUGUCCACCCAAUAUCAGUUGGCUGGUCUGAAGGAGCAGUUGGAGCUGGAACGGAGGCAGCGCCAGCAAGCGUUGCAGCACGUCGAACAGUUCAACCGUCUCAACUGGAAGAAGGUGGAAGAGACGGAAUUGCUUCGCGUGCGAGGACUUUGGGGCCCGUCGCAAGAGUCGCGCCUUUUAACCAAGUGGAUGCUGGACAUGACGGAAGGUCCGUGUCGAAUGCGCAAGAAACUGACGCCCAAUCGGAACUUUUACGCCCUCUAUCCUUAUCGUCCGGAAUUGGAACUGGCGGAGAACAAGUCGAUGAGGUACAAGGUGGCCACCAGCCUGGAUGCCAAGGAGCACUUCAAGUUGUACUCUAAAUGGAGGCAAAGUCUGUUGCUGGAAGAAGAUCAAGUUGACCAGGUGAAUCCAGCCCAGCGGAUCGAGCAGUCGCCGGUGGUGGAGAGCGCCGCAGACGAAUUGGUCGGGCGCGGGGAAACGAUCCUCGCCGCUCCGCAACUGCACGAUCUUCCUCAGUUGCUGCGGCCCAUCAAACGAGAGGUCCAAGCCAACCAACUCAUGUCCAUGGCCGACAUCGACGAAGAAGUGGAAUUGAUUGGGUCGAGUCCCGCCACGGAUGAGCCGUUGACGUCCGCCGUCGCAUCCUCCGCUCACCAGCAACCGCAAGAUUGGCAGAAUCUCAUGCGCUUGUUGGAAGAAAACGAGAAGAUUGGCCAUCUGUUCCGUUCGGCGCGCGUCCAAGGUCUCGAAACGGUGGACGGCCUCCUCCUCUUCGGCAAAGAGCAUUUGUACGUUGUCGACGGAUUCACUCAGACGCCGUCGCGCGACAUCCGCGACAUCUCCAAUUUCCCGUCGGGCACGUUUGAACCGAUUGUGCCUCCGUACACGACGCCCGGCUACGGCAGUAGCGGAAGUAGCAACAGCAACAAGCCAGAAUUGAAGGCCGUCCAUCAAUGCUCUCGACUCGGCUACGAAGACAUUCGCGAAGUUCACAAACGUCGUUACCUACUCCAACCGAUCGCGUUGGAGAUCUUCUCCAACGACGGCCGCAAUCAUUUGCUGGCCUUCCCGCCCAACGUCCGCAACAAGGUCUACCAGCGGUUGCUCGCCACGGCCACUGGCUUGUCGGACUCGGCCAGCCAGUCGGUGGCCGGCCAAAAACGAGCGGCCAAUGUGGAACAGUCGGCCGGAUUGUUGUCUACCAUGACGGCCGGUUUGAUGGGCGAGACGUCCGUCACUCAGCGUUGGGUUCGCGGCGAGCUGUCCAACUUCCAGUAUCUGAUGCACCUCAACACCUUGGCUGGACGCUCCUACAAUGAUCUCAUGCAGUACCCCGUCUUUCCCUGGGUCCUUUCCGACUACGAUUCGGCCGAACUGGACUUGUCGCAACCGUCGACGUUCCGCGAUCUCUCCAAGCCGAUGGGUGCCCAGACUGCCGACCGUCUUCAGCAGUUCCGCAAACGCUACAAGGAGUGGGACGAUCCGCACAACGAGACGGGUCCCUACCACUACGGGACGCAUUACUCGUCGGCCAUGAUCGUCUGCUCGUACCUCGUCCGGCUGGAGCCUUUCACCCAGCAGUUUCUUCAACUGCAAGGCGGCCAUUUUGAUUUGGCCGAUCGCCUCUUCCACUCGAUCCGAGAGGCUUGGUGGUCGGCUGCCCAGCUGAACAUGGCCGACGUCAAGGAGCUGAUUCCGGAAUUCUAUUACCUGCCCGAUUUUCUAGUCAACGCCAACCGUUUCGACCUCGGAUGCAAACAAAGUGGCGUCGCCCUGGACGACGUUGUCCUACCUCCCUGGGCCAAAAAUGAUCCGAGGGAGUUCAUCCGCUUGCACCGGGCUGCUCUGGAAAGCGACUACGUGUCGCAGCACCUGCACGAAUGGAUCGACCUCAUCUUUGGCUACAAACAGCAAGGACCUGCUGCCGUCGAGUCCAUCAACCUUUUCCAUCCGCUUUUCUACGAAGGCAAUGUCGACAUUUACAGCAUCGAAGAUCCUUUGAAGAAGAACGCCGUCAUCGGAUUCAUCAACAAUUUCGGCCAGACGCCUAAACAGCUGUUUAAAAAACCGCAUCCCAGCAAGAAAGUGGGCGGAGCGGGAAGUCGAAUGAGCGGCUUAGAAAUGGCUCUCCCGCUGGCUGGUCAGGCAGCCAUGCAAAUCCUGCCCUUGUUGCCGUCGGCAUCAGGAUUCCAUUCGACCGGGUCGGCCGGAAGCGGCGCGUCUGGCGAGGCCUUUUUUCAUCAUGUCGACCAUCUCAGCCCGUCGCUUCAGGCCAUCAAGGAACUCAAACGACCUGUGGGUCACAUGAUUGGAGCGGAGAGAUCGGUCGUGGCCGUCGAAGAGAACAAAUGCCUCUUGCCGCCCAACUACAGCCGUUGCGUCGCCUGGGGUUACGCUGAUCAUUCCAUCCGCUUGGUGCCGCACGAUUCCGAUAAGGCGCUGAUGGUUUGUGAGACGCCCUUCCACCAAGAGAUUUUGACCUGCGUCUGCCCGACGGGUCGCACCGUAGUGACCGGAGGCGCCAACACGGUCGUCACUGUCUGGGAUUUGGGCAAGAAGCAGUUCACCAUCCGCCAGCAUUUGUACGGACACACGGAAGCCGUCACGUGUCUGGCGGCCUCGGCCGGCUACCAGAUUUUGGUGUCGGGCUCCCGUGAUCGGACGGCCAUCGUCUGGGAUUUGUCGCGAUUGACUUUCAUCCGCCAAUUGACGGGACACAUUGCGCCGCUUGCGGCCAUCGACAUCAACGACCUGACGGGUGACAUAGCCACAUGUUCGGGCACGUGGCUCCAUCUGUGGUCUAUCAAUGGCGAUCCCCUGGCCAGCGUCAACACGUUAGUGGGUCAGAUUGGCCGAUCGCAGCACAUUCUCUGCGUUUGUUUCUCGCAGUUUAACGAGUGGGAUCCGAUGAAUGUCAUCCUAACAGGAUCGACGGACGGAGUCGUUCGAAUGUGGUCACUCGACUACGUCCAGGUACCCAAUGAGGAAAUACCCGCACAAGUGAAGGAAGAAGUCGUGGCAGAGGUAGCAAAACUAGUUGAAGAGUCGGGAGAAGAUUCUCCCGACGAUGCAGACUUGCCCGGUGAAAUGCUGCAGAGACCAGCGUCCAUGUGCAGUUUGCCCAGUAGUGGAAGCAGCGGGCACGAAGGACCUGAAAGCACGUCUUCACCCGUACCUACCCAAUUAGAUGAAGAAAAUCAACAAGAACAAGCGAAAGCGUUGCAAACGAGCCGAAGUGAUUGCAGUCUCAACGGCACUUUUGAAAUGAUUAGCGAGUCGGAAGUGAGAGAGAGUGCCAUUCAGCAACAACAGCAGCAACUCUCGCAAACUGCCAAGCCAUCCGGCAAUGUUGUGGCUCCCUUUGUUGUCCAUCAGCCAGGCAAAAAAUCGCGCCACAUCCUCAAAGAAGGAUUCAAGUGGCAGAGGCAAUUAAUAUUCCGCACGAAAUUGACAAUGCACACGGCCUAUGAUCGCCAAGACAAUAGCGAACCGGCGUCAAUCACAUCUCUCGCCAUUUCAAAGGAUCAUCGAACUGUUUUAGUGGGCGAUGCUCGCGGCCGUAUCCAUUCGUGGAGCGUGACGGAUGCGUCAGGGCGAUCGGUAGCCGAUCAUUGGUUGCGUGACGACACGGCCGAAGUGUGUUCGAAAUGUCGAGUGAAAUUCUCGUUGACCGAGAGGCGACACCAUUGCAGAAAUUGUGGCCACGUCUUUUGUUCUCGUUGCAGUCGCUACGAAUCUGAGAUUAUGCAACUGAGGAUCCGUCGGCCCGUCCGUGUCUGUCAAGAUUGCUACGCUUCCCUGAAAAUGUCGAGUGAGGGAACUUCUUAACUUCAAAUUAAGCCGAAAAAAAAAAAAGGAGUUUUGAAAAUCACAAAGAACAACAUGAGGUGAGAUUGAAGAGAAGAAGAAAGAAAAUAGGAAAAGAUGUUGGGCAAGAGAGGAGUUGAUAUCUGCUUUCUCCUAAAAUAACAGGUUGGUAAUCUUGUGUUUUGUGUAGAUUUUUAUUAGGCGCCAGUCGUGUUUUGUUUUUUUAGCAGAUGUUUAAAUUUUUAAGGCAAAAGACAUUCCAACCGUUUGCACACAAUCAAAUGGCAAAGAAAAUUGUAGAGAUUUUGACACGUCAUUUGGGUUUGGCGAGUGGAAUUAGAUUUGCAUAUCCACAUCCUCCCCCCCAUAACGUAAAUCAUUAUAACAAAACAAAAGAAUAAUUAAUAAAAAUAUUUAUGAUUUUAAUAGCGGAACAGUUUAUGUAAAUGCAUUUCUUUUGAAGUGAUUUCCUAUAGGCGACUCUGUUUUUUGACAAACGAUUUUGACGAGGAAAACAAUUUUUUUGUUUGUUUUCUGUUUAUUUUAUUUUCCGAUCCCUGUUGUCACGUUCCCUUUUACUUAUUCCCGCAUCCAUAAUCUCCUGCCUUUUUGACACCCAAAUACCAGCCCGUCACAUAGACUAAGACGAAGCAAAAAUAAAAGAGUACAUAUUUGAAUUCGGUGUGCGCGUAGUGAGUUGUAUGUACCACGUAGGAAAAAGUGUUGAUUGUGGUGUUAUAACAUUGUCGUCGUCUCUUGUCAAUGUAAAGCUAUUGAAUUGGAAAAUCUCAAUCCCUUUACGGGAGAACAACAAAAAAAUGGAUUAAUAUAAUACAAGGCAAAAAUAUACAACGCAA